UGGGACGGCGGCGGAAAGAUGGCGGCCCCCGGCGACGCGCCGUGCUCUGGGGAAGCAGAGCCCAGCGCGGGGGGCCGGGGGAGCUCCGGAGUGGAGGUGGUGCUCCUGUCGGAUCCUGCCGUCCCCGCCCCGCUUUGCCCGCACGGACCUACCCUCCUGUUUGUAAAGGUGAGCCAAGGGAAGGAGGAAGCACGGAGGUUUUAUGCCUGUUCCGCCUGUAGAGAUAGAAAAGAUUGUAAUUUUUUUCAGUGGGAAGAUGAAAAGCCGUCAGGAGCCAGACUCACUGCGCGGGAGUCUCGCAACCAGAGAGGUCGGCCUCCCCUCUCCCGGAUGCAGUGUGUAGAAAGGUACUUGAGGUUCAUCCAGUUGCCCUUGACUCAGAGAAAGUUCUGUCAAAGCUGUCAGCGGCUGCUGCUUCCAGACGACUGGGGGGAGCACCGAGAGCAUCAGCUAGUGGGUGACGUUUCUGUCUCCCAGCUAAGAAGGCCCAGCCAGCUGCUUUACCCCCUGGAAAACAAGAAGACAAAUGCCCAGUACUUGUUUGCGGAUAGGACCUGUCAGUUCUUGGUUGGCCUCGUCUCUACCCUGGGCUUCAGAAGGGUACUCUGUGUUGGAACACCAAGGUUGCAUGAGCUGAUUGGGUUGACGGCAUCUGGUGACAAGAAGUCUACCCUUAAAAGCCUUUUACUGGAUAUCGAUUUUCGGUAUUCACAGUUUUAUAUGGAGGAUAGCUUCUGCCACUAUAACAUGUUUAACCACCAUUUCUUUGAUGGAAAGCCUGCCCUUGAAGUAUGCAGAGCAUUUUUACAGGAAGAUAAAGGUGAAGGCGUCAUUAUGGUGACAGACCCUCCUUUUGGUGGCUUGGUCGAACCUCUGGCUGUUACAUUCAAGAAGUUAAUUGGUAUGUGGAAAGAAGGUCAAAGCCAAGAUGACAGUCACCAAGAAAUGCCCAUUUUCUGGAUUUUCCCCUAUUUUUUUGAGGCCAGAAUUUGUCAGUUUUUUCCAAGUUUCUGCAUGCUGGAUUACCAGGUAGAUUAUGAUAACCAUGCACUUUAUAAACAUGGAAAGACAGGUCGGAAACAAUCUCCUGUGCGUAUAUUUACGAACAUUCCACCCAACAAAAUACCCCUUCCUACUGAAGAAGGGUACAGAUUUUGCCCUCUGUGUCAGCGAUACGUUUCUCUUGAAAAUCAACACUGUGAGCACUGUAAUUCUUGCACAUCCAAGGAUGGCAGGAAAUGGAAGCACUGCUUUCUCUGCAAAAAGUGUGUAAAGCCUUCCUGGAUCCACUGUAGCUUUUGCAAUCGCUGUGCUGUCGCACAUCAUUCAUGUGAUGGCCCUAAAGAUGGCUGCUUUAUUUGUGGAGAACGGGAUCAUAAACGCAGUUCUUGCCCUAACAUCAGCACCUUGAGGAAAGCCAGCAAAGCUGUCAGAAAGCAGAAGCAAAGAAAAAGUAAUAAGAUGAAAAUGGAGACCACUGAAGGACAAUCCAUGAAUCAUCCAUCUGUUACCGGGAGAAGGAAGAGGAGGGAGAGAGCCCAUCAAUAUCUCUGCUCUUAAAUGCCCAGUGCCUGGAGAAUGCGGAGAUUUACAGUCCAGCCUUUGAUGCCAUUUUCUGCAAGUGCCACACUGGACUUAAAUUCAGUCGCUUUCAAAGGUGAUGCCCCGUACCAAGCUCAAUAAUAGGCAGGUAGCAUUUGCUGGUUUAUAGUCCUGUCCUCUGCCUCUCAGAGACCGGGGGUUUUCCUCCUCAGCUGGUUUAUCAGCUUUUUUGCAGGCUUGUUUUCCACCCUCAGAUCUUUCCCAGUUUUAUUAUGUUGGCCUCUUUUGUCCGAAAAAUGGGCAUAGUGCUUCUGUUUGCAGGGUCUGAGAAAAAUGACAAUAGAAACCUGUGAAGUUUGUUCACAUUGAACACAAAAAUAUGUUAAUUUAGAUAUGAAAUAUUUUGUUAAAUAGUAAACAAUGGUUCAAACCCCUCUUGCGAAGACUGUAACCUAUAAUUCUUGUUAGUUUGACUCUGAAAGCGAUGGAAAGAAUUUUUACAAAGGCACACUAAAGAUACACAGAUUAAACUAGUUACAAUAUUAUUAAAAAUUUAUUUUUGCAGUACUUGUUGCCAUUGCCCUCUGAUUGGAAAGAGUCCCUAAAUGUCAGAUGGAUGAGACAUUGCAAGCUAGGCUUUGCUCCCUUACGUCAGUGUCUUCCAACCCAUGCUGUAAUUUCAUCUCUAAACGUAGAGAGGGCGGGAUAGUGACUGAGCUCCACUGAGCACCUCGUUCCUUUCCUGACCAGGGAGUCCUGGCUGCGUCUUGGCCAGGUCUCUGGCUGCCUGGAAGCCCACAUUGCUUCCCUGUUGUGAUGAGAGAGUGUCAUUGCUCCACCUCAGCUGUCUGUGCUGGGUGUAAACGAGACUUACCUGGCUCUCAGCCGUGCUGGCAGGGAAGACUGCUGUCCUGGCUUCCGGCAGGGGCCACAGCCCUGAAGGGAGUGGUUUGAGUUCCCCAAACAAGCACUUUACGUCCCCAUUUCUCUGCCAGGUAUCUGACAUUUCUCCUUAAGACUGAGUGGUUUUGGUCUUUUUUCUUCUUCUGUUUUCUCUUUUGGUACCAGAAAUUGAAGUCAGGGCCUCGCACUUACCAGGCAGGCGCUGCAUCACUGAGCUAUAUCCCAGGCCCAAGACUGAAUAGUUUUGAAUGACUUAAAUUUGCAUAAUGACUUUAUCCUGUUCCCAAACAACUGCUGUAGUGCCAGUUUGGAGGUGUUUUUUGGCUCGGGUUUAGCAGGAGUUCUGAGAAUGCUGCACCCCAUCUGGUAUUUAAAUUUCAAGUGAACUAGGACUGUUUGGUAACGUGAUAUGAAAUACGUGGUCCAGCUGAUGAGGGGAGUGUUGUAUAUUAGGCAGCAUCCAAAGAUGAAUUAAGCUCUGGGGCUUGUAAUAAAAAUCAGAAAAUGACACAGAAUACUCCAGGAUGUCUCUGCUCAGUAGGGUGGUAGUGUACAUCUGGUGACAUCAAAGAGGAAAUAAAUUCUGGGACUUAAAAAUCAGAAA